AUGUCUGUAUGUUUAUUGGCGUUGAGUGCGUUAAUUGGCCACGUUGUUGGCGAAUGUCGUGGUUAUAAAAUAAAAUCACCAUGUACGUUCAGCGAUGGACCUGGAUAUUGCGAUAUUCAUUGCACGGGUGGCGACAAAAUUGAUCUAAAGGCCAUAUUCAAUGACCUGAGCAGUAGACUACCCGCCGAUAGAAAGCCAUUUCGGGAACUGGUGUUAGAAAGUAAGGCAAUAGAGGAACUGCCGGCCAACGCGUUCUCAGGCAUACAAUUCACGUCGAUAAACAUCAGUAACGGUGAUCACAUCAAACGGGUAAACGUCGGCGCGUUUGACGGCACGGCCUCUACUAUUACCAAACUUAGCCUACAUUACGCUCCGGUCACCGAAUUAGCCACCGAUGAGUCAGACCUUUUCGGCGCCAUCGAUACGUUGAAAGCGUUGGAAACGUUUCAAAUGUUGAGAACAGGCGUACAAUCGUUUCCAUCGUUAGCCCUAUCGGGUCAUAGAAAGUUGACACACAUUUAUGUGUAUCAAAAUCCAUUGAAAUCGAUAUCUGCCAACGCGUUCACCGAUUUGCCCGCUUUGCGAGUAUUACUAUUUGAUGGGAACACUGGUAUUGAACGGGUGGCCGAUCACGCCUUUACCGUCGGCCCCAACAGCUCUGACCACAGUUUGGAUUUACUAUUUGACGCCCAACUGAACAAUCCGUUCGCCGACCGAGCGUUUGAGUCGAUUGGAUGCGCGACUUCUAUAAGGUUUGGACUAAAAUCAUUGAAAUACUUGACUAGCGAUGAAUUCAAUGCGUUUUUCAGUGAAAACCCAAUGAAUACAGUGAUUGACUUAAGCAUCGAUUGCGCCGAUAGUCUUAAUCAAUGGAUUCGUGAGAAGUAUCCAAAGGUUUGGCACGACUUGAAUUGCAAGUAAUAUUCAAAUACACUUGACUACAGAACACAC